CUUUUAGCAUUGAUUAAAUUGAAGUGAAGAUUAUAAAUUUGAUGGAUAAUAACUAGAAAAAAUUCUUCACAAUUUUUUUCUUAUUUAUAAACGAACAGAGUUUCACUCGACGAAGCAUGACUUUGAUGAACACUGAAUAUGAAAGAGUGGAAACAUUUUCUUUCAUACUUCUAUUUUGUUUUUUUAUUUUUAUUUUCAAAAUUUUGAGCUUUGAUUAUUUCAUUUGAAGGUAUAAGCGUUUUUAUUUUUUUGUUCUUUUAUUUGAAAAUAUAAUAUAUUUUUAAUAAAUGACUGCGAUGACAAUAUGACUCUAAAAUUUAUAUAAUAUGAUCUCAAACUAAAUAAUUAUGUUUUGGUAUAAAACCGAAUAAAUCGAAAACCGGCGGUAUAUAAACCGAACCGAACCGAAGUAAAUAUGGAUUUAGAAUGGUAGUUAUAUUUUUCUAACCGAAAUACCGAAAAACUGAAAAAAACUGAACCGAAACCGAACCGAUAUCCGGAUUGAACACCCCUAAAAUAUCUAUACUUUUUUUUGUCAACAAUAGUUAUAUAGAUGCAUCAUUUUCAUAAAUCCAAAACUUUCCAAUAAAUGUUAGAAAAAAACACUUUCCAGUUAAGAUACUAAUUCAGUUCAUUCAAAUAUCUUCUACUAGUGUUUUUGAAGUUGUACAUUACAUUGAUCUUAAUCAACAUAGACUAGUAUACAUGCAUGUACAUAGAAAAAAAUUCAUGAAGAAUCAAUAUGAUAACAAAAAUGCAUUAUUGUUCAAGUAUUGUAUACAACAAAAGUUUAUUUUAUUAAUUUUUUAUAUAUACAUUUAUGCUUUACUUCAAAUAAUACUAUAAAAUAUUAGGAAACUCACGUGAAGAAAAGUGUCUUUUCUCCCACUUUUGUUGAAUAAUGGCAGACCAACUGCUUACGGUUGUUAGAUUUACACAUGGAAUCUAUCUUACACAAUUCAGUACAGUAUUAGUAUCUUUUCAGGUUCAGAAUUUUUGUUUUUAAAUGAUAAAUGUAAUUUACUAUACUACAUCAUAUUUGCAAACACUUUACAAUAAAAUGCUGAUUCUGGUUAAGCAUUUUCAACAAACCAGGUUUAGUACAAUUCAACAAAGAUCUUCCAGACUGAACCACAAUACCAAACAAAGCACGAGCGUCUCUAAACUUCUUCUCUUCACACAAAAUAUAAAUCAACCAGGUGUGACUAACGAGGCCAAAAAUCAAGCCAUGUCUUUAACUACUUUAAUUGCUUCAAUGGUCAAUCUAGAGUAACAGAGAGACUUAUAUAGAUGAACCGGCAGAAGCAUUCUUGUUAUCUCACAGAGAGUAUCUAACAUCCCAACAGCUUCAUCCAAGUGACCAUGACCGCACAAUCCCUUAAACAAUCUCUUGCAACACCAAAUCCUUAAACCACUUCCUCUCGCUUUGACUUGUUCAAAAUAAAGAUACGCCUCAAGAUACUCAUCUUUAUUACAAAGCUCAUCAACUACUAAGCGACAAGCGUUGUUACUAGGAACAUAACUAGAAGCUAGCACUCUAUCUAAAUCUGCUCUGGCCUCAUCAAAUCUCCUUAACUUAACCAAACAAAGAACCAUUGCGUUCAAAACCGACGAGUCAGGAACAAUACCGUUUCUUUGUUUCUAUCUAAAUGUGCUUGGUAUACUUGGUCGGUUUAAUGCGUACUUGAUCAAAUCGGUACACUUGGUCGAAUCACUUUUAGGAAUCUAAACCGGUUUUAUUAUUGCAAAUCGUUACUAAGCUGUUAAUAAAGUUUUAACUUUAUUUCAAUCCGUGACACUUUAAUAGUUGCAAUUACAAUAAAACAUCUAUUUGAAUCAACAAUAUUUAUUAAUUUAUCAAAUAUUAAUUUAUAAAUAUUUACUGUAUAUUCUCAUUUUUCAAUAAUAUCUACCAACUAGAACUUUUAUCUUUUUACAAAAAGAGGUAACUACAAAUAUAUCUUAGUUUACUUCUUAGAAAAUGUGUAUGAGAGUCAUAGAAACUGUCUAAUUUGAGAAGAUAAUUAAUACAAUCGAUUCCAUAUUGAAUUAAGUACAAUAAUUCCGGUCCUUUAUUUGUUUUAAUUUCAUAUAUAGUCAUAUGAUUAAUAGCUAUACGUAUCAUUAUUAUUAAGCGUAUGAUAUUUUCUAAAAUAAGAGAAUAAGAAAAUUAUAUGAAAAUGAGGGAGUUCUCCAUAAUAAUUUAGAAUUAUAGGCAGGAAUGAUGACAAGCUGUGAAGGAAACGUAUUCACAAAGUGCAAAUAUAUGAAGCAAUAAAAGUAAAAGAGGUGUGAAUAUUUUGGCAAUUAUUGACACUUGAGUUUAUUUUUAAGGGGUAAUUAUAUUAUUUACGACUCUUGUGCACGGGUAAUUUUAAUAGCAUCUACUUUCUUGUAACUAAAGACAGACACUUUGAUUGGUUUAAACCUUACAAACAAGUUGACAAAAAAAAAAGCUUACAAACAAAAUAAAAACAUAGCAACGUUACGAAAAUGCUACAAUAAUGCUCUUCAUUUAUGUUACUCGUUGCAUGUCAAUAAUAUGAUUAUUGAAUAAAAGUCAAUAAUAUCAUGCCAACAUUGCAUUGCAAGAAAAGGUUUAAUCAGUACACUAGAAUAAAGGGUCAAUCAUGUCUAUGUCUUGACACACUCUCGAAGAUCUAAAUUUUCUAUUAUAUAUAAAUAUAUUAUGAUUUGCUUUAACAAGACAAAAUCAAACUCUAGUGCGCCCUAUGAUUUAAUUUGUAUUUGUACGUUUGUUGUCGUCAUACCCUAGGCAUGUUUAUUAGGAUUCUUAGGAUGAAAUUUUUAACGUAAUAUAAUAACUUUCUCUUAAUUUUUAAAAACACAUCGCAGGAAUCUCUCAAUAAACAUGGCCAAAUAAUUAAAGCUUAUAUGACUAUGAAUACGUUUUCAUGGUGGAAUGAAUUCCGCAACUCAACAAUCAACCAAUCAUGAAAUAAUAGAAAUUCACACCUCAUCAUCUGCUCUCUUCUUCUUUUGAUUUUAUUUCGAAUAUGCAAUUAUAAAUGCUCGCCACUAAUUAAUCUUCCAAGCAUUUAUUCUCCGUAAAAUUCAACGAGAACAGUCUACUUUCCACUGUUCUGGUCUUCUUAUACUCGUUCGAUUGUUCAAACGCGCGAAUUCAUCAAACAAUAUACUAAUAACUCCUCUCUGUCUGCAAAAUCAUAACCAUUAACCAAUAUAUAAUUAUUAUCGCUCUGGUCUCUAUCAAAACUUGCUCUGUUUUAUUUCUACACUUAUCACUAGAGAGAAGAGAAAAUGACAUGAUGAACCAAAAGAGAAAAUGAAAUAAAUGGUUGUAUUAUACUCUUGCAACAAUUCAAAUCCAUACAUGUGUCAUGUCAUGUACAUGAGGUAUCGUCCAAUAGAAUGAUAGCAGGUUACGCUAAGGCCCACUUAUUAGACCGAAAAAGAAAGGUAGUUCGUUGGCCAUGGACUUGACAGUAGCUAGGACCACGUCGGACUCAGGUCCAAUCAUCUACUUGCAAGUGGGACCAGCCCAGCGGCUUCAGCUACAAGAUGAAUUGGCGUGACUUUACCGGUUAGGAUCAAACCAGCUUAACCGAUUGCUUUUCAAGCUGCUUUGGGCAAAGAAAACGUGUGAUAUGAUGGUUUUUGUUUAUAUACACUUUCUCAGUUUCCUGAAUGUAAAACUUAUUAAUAUCAUUAGUACAAUCGGUUUGUGGGUCUCCUCCAGACAACUAUUUUCAUGGAUGCACUAGUAUUAAAUUUAAAGAUUUUAUGGUAAGAUUUUAUGGUGCACAUACAAAAAAUUGUGAAAGAAUACAUUAGUUUUCCACAAAAUUAUGGGUGCACAAACAGCCCCUAUCUACACCCCAGCUUCGUCCCUGGUCUCAUCAUCCAAUGAGAUAAUCUAAAUGUUUAUUUUGGAUACAAAUAUACAAUCAACCGUACUUGUUGAUCGUGUGAAAUGAUUCUCUAGAGCAAAAUGUUAUGCUCGUAAAAAUUACUGGAAAUGUUUCAUACAGAGCCACUCUUUCAAACUAAUCGUUUAAGCUCUACUAUUUUAUUUCAUUAUUUUAUAUUAUGCAUGGAUGUUUCUACUAUAUAUAUAUACUGUACAAUGUAAAAUACCACCCCAGUAAAUGAGUUAGCCAUCCAUAUAGAUUAUGUACGUAUUACUCACGAAGAUAAUGUGUUUAUAUAUGUAAAAGAUACUAAAAUGAUAUAGAGAUUGCAGGAAUAAUCAUAGUGUUUGUAAGUGGAGAGUUGAAGAUAGAAAGCGUACUGCUGAACCACCUUUUUAUUUUAUUUUUACAUUAAUAGAAAUUUCGCAGACAUAUGAGAAAAAGAAAAAUGCCAUCAAAAAGAAAACGAGAGAAAGUCUAGCAUUAGGUCAUAAUAUUUCACCAUAAAAUCUAAUGAUUUAUAUGAUCCUGUAAUUUCUCUGAUCAUUGCUUUAUUCGAGAUUAAAUCUAUCAACCCCUGAACAUAUAAGUGUAUAACGUCUUUAACAAUUAAAAACUCGGUUAAGUUUUUGUCAAGCACACUGUAUAUAGUUAUGUUGGGCGAAACUAAGAACCUCUCCUCAUCGAGUGAGGACUCAUUUGCGGUAUUGAUUUAUCUGAAUUCGAUGUACCACCACAAAAGAAAAUUUUGUUUUGUUGAUUGAGAUCACGAAUUAAAAGACCAACGUGGUAUGAGUAUACGAACUGGGGCCAGCACCGAAGGCGAUAGGGAGCUUUUUCAUCGCGAUGAUGUUCCCUGUGUUAUUACGUAACCACUCAUGUCAAGCCACGUUAUUUUAUUACUGAAUUUCUUUAUUUAUCUUACUGUUUUUUUCUUGAAUCACAUUUUCCCCCUUAUAAUAUCACAUAUAAAAAGUGAAAACUUAUGCAACACUUCUUCAGGUAGAGAAAGAGGAAGACAGUGAUAGCUUAGUUAAAAUCCAAAUAGAUUCUUAUGUUAAUAAAGUAUUAGAGAAAAACACAUAAAUUAAAAUGAGGACAUUUCCUUUUGCAUCAUGAGAGUUUUUGUCUCUGUUUACAUUUAUAUGCCUAUAAAUAUGUGUACAUAUAAGCCUAGAGAAUCCGCCAUCAUCGGAACACUCUUAAGUCUUUCAUGACCUCAACAUAAACAAGACAAGACGCUUUUGUCUCUUUAUCUAAAAUCUACGAAGAAGAACCAAAAGGAGGAAAAAUUGAAUAUUCUUAUAAAUCUUGCAUAUAUAAGAAGAAGACUCGAGUAAGUUUAUUUCAGUAUAUAGAACCAUUUGUGAUUUAUAACUCUCGUGAUGUGAUCAAAUCUUUUAUAGUAUCAAAAAUGUUUAACCUUCGUACGAGAUCUUGAGUUAUAAGUACAACUAUUUUCUUCUUUUUCAGAAAAGUACAACUAUUUUCUAAGACAACUACAAUACUACAUUGGUUUUCUCCUCCUUUCAAUGGAAAAGUUUGUAUCCUUAUUUUCACGUAUGAGAUUUUUAAUGUUGUUCAUUGUUAUUUUUCGUCCUUUUAGUAACAUUUUCAUCAAAUGUAGAGUCAAAUAGGAAAGAAAUAAAAGAUAGGAAGUAAUUAUUGUUUCAUUCACGCAGAUUAUGGAAAGUUAGCUACUAGUUUGAACCCCUGCAUACUAUGAUUAUUGUUUUUUUCUUUUUAAUAUUUAUGUGUGGAAAUUCAAUCUAGAUAUUAUGAGUAUAUCAAACGUAACAUUUUUUUCAUAAUGAAAUGAUACUUUACCCAGUGGCGGAUCUAGAAGUUACUUCGAUCCGGGACAUACAUAUAAUUUAUCAACAAUGUCAACAGAGGCAUUUGUCAAAAAUUUGAAAAAAUACACUGAAAUUUUAAAAACCAUGGUGGGCAACUGCCCCACCCUUUGUCCAUCUACAUCCGCCACUGACUUUACCCAUCUUUACGUGUGUGGAAAAGGAAGAUACAUCUCUAUGUAAACUUACUUGAAUACUUACUUUAGUUACAUGCAAAUAUUUCUAUUUACCGAUGAUAAAUAAAGUAUAUGUUACAAAUUGCCACAUUGCAGAAAGAAAAAUAUCAAAUGGAGAGUCUCUCACACAUUCCUCCCGGCUAUCGAUUCCAUCCGACCGAUGAAGAACUCGUAGACUAUUAUCUUAAGAAUAAAGUUGCAUUCCCUGAAAUGCAAGUUGAUGUUAUCAAAGAUGUUGAUCUCUACAAAAUCGAGCCAUGGGACAUCCAAGAGUUAUGUGGAAGAGGGGCAGGAGAAAAGAGGGAAUGGUAUUUCUUUAGCUACAAGGACAAGAAGUAUCCAACAGGGACACGGACAAAUAGAGCAACAGGCUCGGGAUUUUGGAAAGCAACAGGUCGAGACAAGGCCAUAUACUCGAAGCAAGAGCUUGUAGGAAUGAGGAAAACUCUUGUGUUUUACAAAGGCCGUGCCCCAAAUGGUCAAAAGUCCGAUUGGAUAAUGCAUGAAUAUCGACUUGAGACCGAUGAAAAUGGACCACCUCAUGAGGAAGGAUGGGUAGUUUGUCGCGCUUUCAAGAAGAAACUAACAACUAUAAAUAACAACAAUCCAAGAACAAUGAUGGGAUCAUCAUCAAGGCAAGACUCUAAUUGGUUCAGACAGCAAAUGGAAGUCGCUAAUGGUAAUUACUACCAUCUUCCUGAUCUUGAGGGUCCAAUAAUGUUUCAAGGCUCAUCAUCAUCAUCAUUACAUGAUAAUGAUAAUGACCAUUAUGGUGUUGUAUUAAGCAAUAUCAACGCAGCACCAAGCACAUUAAUGCAACGAGAUGAUGAAGGUGAUCAUGGUCAUAUUAUUACUAAUGAUGAUGCUCAUAUGACCAUGAUGAACACAAAUACUGAUCAUCAUCAUCAUCAUCAACCAGAACUACUACUCAAUGAUGACCAUAAUGAUCAACUGAUGGACUGGCAAACUCUUGACAAGCUUGUUGCUUCUCAGCUAAUCUUGAGCCAAGAAGAGGAAGAAGUUAAGCAAGAUCCUCCAUCUAAUAAUGUUUCGAAUGAAACAUAUAAUCAUAUCUCUGAAGAGAAACCAUCUUUCUCUUGGGCUCAAAAUACACACACGUAAAACAUGUGCGUAAAUCGGAAGGCAUAUAUGAUAUAUAUAAUUAAUUAAUUAAUUAAUUGAGGGUCAUCUUGCUUAUUGAUUAUAUUUUACACCAAAUUGUUUAUUUAAUGUGUACACUGUUGAGAACAAAAUGUACACUUUAUAGUACUUUUGUGUUUGUAACUUUCUAGUUAAACACAACGCCCAUACUUACUUCUACA